CGGGAAGAGAUUCGUACCAAAAAAAUGCGGAAGCGAUUUAUUGAUAAUCUUAUCUAUGAUCGAUUUCAAGUUAUUAGUUUUUCCAGGGAGUUUGCCGUUUCGUCCUUUCGGACGCCCAACCCGGAGGAGACGAUUCAACGAUUGAAGGGAGAGAUCAAUGAAUUACUGGCCCACGAUGCAAACGAAGAGGCAAUAUUUAAGGCGGAUGACAACGACAAAAAAGAGGGCAACAAUGACCUGAGCAAAACCACUGGCAUGAAUACUGAGGGAGAAAGUGCUGAGGGGAAAGAUGGUUUGUUAUCCACAGCCAGUGGCAUUGCACAAUGGCUUCUCACAGAGGAGAAAAAGUGGCAGGAACAAGUGAGAAUGACGAGGCGGGAAAGUGAACUGCUGACGACAACUAUGCGUCAGUACUUAAACAAGAUGGAUGAGCGCCGCGAGGAACGUAGGCGCAGGAAGAGGGGAUACGAGAUACUUCUCACGUAUAAGCCUGACCCUGCGGUAGAGGCAGCUCAGCUGGAGGAGGAAAUGCGAAAUGAGGUGGCACGUCGCGGUGAAUGCAUAUUGCGAACGGAUCCAUCGUAUCAUUUGACGCCGUCGGCAGUUUCGAAGCUUCGUCAGUUGAUUGGGCUUGAGGAGAUGAUGUUGAAUCUGCGCAGUGGGUUCACAAAGAAACUGCUUCUCCUUAGAGAUGAAAAGGCAACAUUGUGCAAGUCCCUUAAUGUUCUUCUGCAUCGAAUACGGGAGAUCAAUGAUGUAAUGAAGGAGGAAAACACUCAGUCAGCGGAUGUUCACCUCUUGCCGAUUGAGAUGCCGGAGCAGCGCUUUGCCAUUGACCGGGAUGGUCUUGACGCCUUUGUAAGGCAGCGACAAUUGGAAAAAAUGCGGGAGGACUUGGCAAAGAAGGCCCAGCGUGGGUUUGGUGCCGAUCUUGCGGGAACCCAGGCGUCCGCAAAGAAUGAGCUGAUGGCCACCGUGACCUCCACUGAAAAGGGAGAGAUCCAGAAAAACACCCCCAGUCAAUUUUCGAUUUUUGACACCCCUUCAACUGGGCAUCGUCGGGCGAAAAACCAGACGGUGACAUCCAUCCAUAAAGCCUCGCGGGGGUACAGCACGGCCGUUCUUGCGGCAGCUGCUGUUCGCGAACGCAUGGACUACGAGCUGCGUGUCAAACUAGAGAAUGUUAAGCUCACAGAAGCGGAGGAGGAGGAGCAACAGAUGGAAAGACAACGACUGGUUGCCGAGCGCCAGCGUCUCCAGUGCCGUGUGGAUUCGAUGAUGCAUGCAUUCGACCAGCGUCUUUGGAACUUGUAUGAGGAGCGUGCUGAGGUGGACGCUGAUCUCUGCCUUGCUGAUGCUCGUUCCUUAUUGAUGCUUCAUGAGUAUCAAAUUCUUCUUGUGUUCCGGCAAAAGGACCGUGAAUUACGGCUGCAAUAUGAGGAGACAAAGCGGUCCCGCGAAGAACGGAACAAGGAAAUGGUGGAACUACAGAAAGGGAUAGGGGAGCAGGCGGGUCUGAUUGAAAAGUUGCAGGAGAAGAACAAAGCCUUCCGUCACGAAGGGGAGUACUUCAUCGAGUCUAACUUCCCUGCGGAGCAUGUGCCAUAUGUUACAAAGGUGUUUUUGCGACAGAUUAAGCGGCGGAAGCAUCUUGGCGAUGUUUCUUCAGAUGAUGAUGAUAUCACAAGCGAUGACGACGAUGAGGAUGUGAACGAGGAUGACCUCUGGGAGGAAGCGUGUCCUUCCAACUGCUCGGCAGAUCGUUGGCAGGAGGUGCUCGCGAUGCGAGAGAAGCGGCUUGACUACGUGGAUGCCAUCGCAGAAGGGCGACGGAAGCAGGAACAAAUGCAGCGUCGCAUCGAGGAACACAAGCAACUGUCAGAGAAACUUAACAACGCCUUAUCCUUGUCGCUACAGGCGAUUGAAGACUUCAAGGGCGAGAAGCGUAAACAGCUGAAUAUGCUGCACACGCUUGUGGCCUUGCGUUGCAGUCAAGUGCAGUGUCUCGAAGAGGAUGAGAAGUGCCCUGACACAUUCCGUCGUGACGAUCUUGUUGUCGUCUCUGACCAUGCGCUGGCGAAGCUGCGCCAUAGGAUUGAAGAAUUGGCGGAGGAGAAGCGGGACCGUCGGACAAAUUUAAAAGAAAUGAAGAUGAAGCUGCAGCAGCUGCAACGCGAGCGGUCGGCAAAACAGACGUUGCACGCUCAGUGGGAGGAAAAAGUAUACGAGGCGAUGCUGCUGAAAUUCGGGCGUAUUGUGAACUUGGAGCUGCUGGAAUCCAUCAGCGGUUGCAGGGAGGUGGAGGAGCUGAAGGAGCGACUGCGUAUGGAGGAACUUGCCUGGGAGCGGGAGAUUCGAAAGCGCGAGAAGAAAAUUUUAUCACUGCGGGAGACUCUGCAGAGUCGACUUGUGCACAACACCCACCUCCUACAUGACCUCGGUGACCAGGAAGACGACCGGCAGGAAGUGGAGCGGUCGCUGUCGCAGGCCACGCAGAAGGUCGUGAGCCGAAUGUAUGACGGCUCGAACGUCGCCACGGCGGAGGACCGACGCAACCUCAAGUUUCUCAUUGCCGCACAGCAGGAGGAGAUUGACGCCCUGCAAGCGGAAGUUAGUCUGCUGCGCAGCAAAGGUGGAUAUCUCUACACUCCUUCUCCUUCAUUCCCCACAUAA